AUGCAAGUUUAUGAAACUUUUGACCAUGAAUUGUUUUCUGCACUAGCCACCACUCCUGAAAACUCAUCGGGUUCGUCAGUCAAUUUCCCAGUGUUAUCCAAUGAUUCUGGUCAUGUUACUAUCCAAACAGGAAUCAUGAAACUACUCAUGAUGGCUUAUGCAGAAGCCGUUGAAAUGGAACAAGAAGAGCUUGCUAAAGUGAUUGCGAAAUGUAUAAGUCAAAAGGCGAACCUGAAUGGGUCGCCACUUGAACGCAUAGCCCUCAACUUGUUCCCACCCGAAGAAAAUCAAGAAAAAACAUACCUUUUCCAAGAGUCUUUAACAAACUUUAAUACGGCAUUUAAAGCCUUCUAUGACAUCUUUCCUUACGGACGCUUCGCUCAUUUGACCGCGGGUUCAGCCAUCAUUGAAGCGGUCCCGGCCCAUGUGAACUUGGUUCACAUAGUUGACUUUGACAUAUGUGAAGGAAUUCAAUGGCCUCCCUUCAUAGAAGCCAUAGCAAGAAUCAAGAAAUCUCUGAUCAUCACAAGCAUCAAACUUGAUCAAGAUUCACAGUUUGAUCAAACAAGGUGGCAGCUUUGUAACUUUGCAACAAGUUUAGGUCUAAAUUUGAAGGUACAAGAGAUGGGUAUGGCACAAAUGGUAAAAAAGAUGGAUACAAGAAAAUUAGGGAGUGAAUUUAUGGUGUUUAAUUGUAUGAUUGGCCUUCUACAUAAUAUGGGAAGAAGAAGAAAGACAACUCAAGUUAUGGACUUUCUAAAAAUAGCAAGAGGGCUUUUAGCAAAACACCAAGGGAUCAUAACCUUUGGAGGGGGUUUAGAAGUUGAUAGAACGAUAAAUUAUUCGGAUUUUUCUUUAUUUUUUAGCAAGAAUUUGGCGCACUAUGAAGCUUUAUUCGAAUCCAUGGAAUGGGGGUUUCCUAGUUAUCUCAAUGAAGCAAGAAUAGCUAUGGAGACCCUUUUUCUUGCACCUUUUGUAUCAUCAAAAUCUUGGUUCGAAAAGUGGGAUGAACGACGACAAGAAAAAGUAGUUUUUGACGUGAAUUUCGAAAAGGGUUUUGGGUUAAAAGGCGAAAGAAUGAGCAUGGAAAGCUGCAAUGAAGCUAUGGAAAUGGUGAAGGAAGGAGAAACUCCAUACAGGAUUAGAAUUGAAGGAGAGAAUGGGAAUGAAAUGGUGUUGGCAUGGAAAGAAACUUCAUUGGUUAGAGUUUGUGUUUGGAAGGUAAUGACAGAGAUCUGUAAAAAGAAACUAAACCAGUACGUGAUUUCGGUUUAG